AAAAUCAUAUGAUUGAGAAAACCUUUGUAGUGUAUUUGAGCGCCGUCUUCUGGUCAAGUGUUGUCACAGCAGCUGUGUGUGUGUGUGUGUGUGUGUGUGUGUGUUAUAUUUCCCGUCAGUGUGCCAUUAGCGCUCAGUCAGUCCCGCAGCAGCGUCCACUGCGACUGCAACACGAGGAGCUCAUGUGAAACAUAAGUUUCAAUCUGCGCUUUUCUCUCUCUCUCCUUAAAUAGCGAGCGCUCCAGGACCUUUUACAUGCAUGAUUGUUCCUCAGUACGGAUCUGGCAGAUACCUUUUAUUUUAACUCAGUUGAUAAUUCUCUGGAAAUCUAUGAAGGAUUAUCCUCAUCGAAAGCCAUUUCAGUUUAAUAUGGAAAAAUGUAAUUCUUCAUAUUCAGUAGCCUACGGCUACAGGGAUCUUAAUGCUGAUGUUGUGUGAUGGUAGGAUAUCAUCAGCUGUAAGUGACUGAGUAACCAUGGCUUACACCGGAGUGCAGAAGGCUUUGAAGAGCGAUAAGUUAGAUGAAGCUCAAGCUCUGGCCAAAAGCUGUGCAGGCAGACCAGACUUUCUUCCCUGUGAUGGACUGUCCAUCUGCGCGACCCACAGCCACGGAAAGUGUUUCAAACUGCACUGGUGCUGCCAUUUAGGCUGGUGUCACUGUAAAUAUGUGUACCAGCCCAUGACCAAUGUGGCUCAGCUACCCAGCACACCUGUGCCGGUCGCUCCAUCUGACUGUACCAACACCAUUGAUCUGACCAUCUCUCUGACUGAACGCUUCCUCCGCAUCUCCCCCUGUUUCCUGCCACCGCCUUGUCCCGAGUCCCCGAAAUACUGCAACAUUGCCGAACUGUUUAUCGACGACUACAUUGUCAAACGCAUCAACGGCAAGAUGUGCUACGUUCAGCGGCCCCCAGUUCACACUGAGGCUCCUCUUAGCCCACCUCAAAUAAACCCUGCUUGUCUGGUAGCACAGAAACAGCACACUGAAGACAAGCAGACAAUUGAGGAGAGCGUUAAAGGACCAAAAAUGGGCCACUGCUCUUCGCCCUCCAGCUCUGAGGACUCGGGAAUCAAUGCUUUGGGAGGUCACUAUCUGGAGUCCUACGAGGAAGAGUCUGAGGAAGAGGACGAACUUAGCAUGGAUGGACACUCUAGUCCGGAAAGUCUAUGGGACCAGGAUAAAUGCACCUUACUGUCCCCUUCCAAAUCCAUUGUGGAGAUUAUUGAAAAUAUUGAAACUACUGUGUGAUAUUUCCAGACUGCAUAUUUCUGUUCUUUUCACAUCUCUCUCUCUCUUUGUCUGACAAGAUUAACUCAUUGUGUUAAAAUAAAUAUUGUACGUAGAGGAAAAUACUACACCCAUAAAGACUUUGAUACACUUU